AUGUCUGAUACAGAAGAAGAUAAGAGGGCUAAGCAGUUGGAAGAGGCUAGGAAGAGGGUUGAGGAGUUAAAGAAUAAGAAGAACAAGAAGAAGAACAAGAAGAAGAAGAAUAAGGACAAAGAAGGAGAUGACAAAGCAGCUGCUGUAGAAGCUAAUGAUAGCGCAAACGAAAUUACAGAGGCGACAGAGACUGCUGACAGCACGGAAGCUUUAGAAGUUCCUGAUUCCAAAGAAGCCACCCCUGCAGAGGAAGUUAAACAGACCGAAGAUGAGGAAAUAGAAACUAAAGAUGAUGAUCUUCAAGAAGAAUCUGUUGUGGCUGAUACUAAAGAGGAAUCAAUUCCGACAGAAGAAGCUAAAGUUGUGGAUGAAGCCCAAAAGACUAUUGAAGACGUAGAAGAGCUGACAAGAGAAGUUGAAACAAAACUGCAAGGUGAUAUUAACGAAAAAAAGGCGGCUGAAGAGGAAUACACUGAUAAGAAAGAAGAACCAAAGGCUCAAGAUGGUCUAGAUGACAUGUUUGGUAAUGAUGAUAAUAGUAACGAUUUCAUUUCGACUAUAAAUAAGGAAAAGGAAGCCGAUGAGAUAUCAGAAUUGAAGAAAGAGAUAGAAAAGCUUAUCGCUGAGAACAAGACUUUGAAGUUUGCCAAUAUAGAUCAUGAAACUGUAAUUGAGGAAUUGCAAGAGGAAAAUGCCAAAUAUAAAGAAAUGUUGGAACUGACUCAAAACGAUCUUCAGCAGGUAAAGAACGAACUUCUACAAACACAAGUUAAACUCAAUGAAGUCUCGCAAAAUAACAAUAAGCCGGUCAAUGCCUCACCAACUUUACAAUUUGCAAAAUUCAAUUCAAACUCUGAGACAAGUAAUUAUGCGCCUUCUAACUCAACAGGACAGACACCAAAACUUAAUACAUAUGGAAUUGCUCAAACACAAACAGUGGAUAGGGCAAUGUUGCAGAAAUGGAGGAACUGGAAUAUAGAUAUGACGACAUGGAGAAGCAUUGGGUCCGGACCUAUAGUAGAAUUUUGA